AGUGAGGAAUCUUUUGAAAAAUUUGAAGUCAAUCGCAGUACAUUACCAAUGGUUGGAUUGCUAGCAUUAAAUACUAGGCUUUUUGGAGAGGUGGAUGAUGUAAUUAAGAAGUUUUUGACACCUAUCAUGCUAGCUAAGCAGCGUUUACAGAUGAAUCAAUCAGUUUGCUACGAUGUAACUCAAAUUAUAGAAUGGCAAAGUUUGUCUGAUAAUGAUAUUGAAGAGGUUAAUGUUAGACUUUGUAAACAAGAACAAGACAUUUGUCAA